AAGCGGGAGUGAUGACAGUAAGGGAGAACACUGUGGAAAUAUACGACAGAUGUUAGCUUACCUGUCCGAGCUACGUGCCCUUGUUAUCUCCCUUACUUAUAAAUUUUCUAUAUUUAGCAACUCCAUAUCUUCUAUCGACAAAGUUAAAUUUAGUCUGGAAGAAAUAGAAUAGCUAGAUCUAGAGUAUUAUAGAGCCUAGAGGAAUUUCUUGAUUUUGUUUUUAUGUGAAUCCAAUUUAAAAUCUACAGUCAGUCGCCUACGAUCCCGUUGAUUGAGAUGUCCCCAGAAUUUCUUCUGAAGAGAUGUACAGCGUUGAAAGUUGGUUGAAAAACUGUAAGUUUCAAGUGAAACACGAAAUUGUGUGUCUGCGAAUGUUAACCUCCUUAGACUGGAUGGUUAAACGGAACUAUGAGAAAGACUAUAGGAUAAACCUUUAAGUAUAGAUUGUUUCCCUUUGGGUCUGGGAGUGACGUCACAUACUGCAGGUGUUCCAUGUGGAAGAAGGUUCUGGUGGCCAUUCUGGCCGUGUUGGUUGUGGGCGUGGCCAUCUUGGGCUACUCUUCUCUACCGUCGGGAGUGCACGAUCCUUGCAGGGCUCAUAUCGUUGUUGGGGUUCUCAACUUCUUCAGUUUCUGGGUGAAAGUCAAAGAAAGCCUAGGUUACGGUCAUUUCCUUAACAACAUCCGGCUGUAUCAGAAGAAGAUAGUACUGGAUGGAGAGCUUCCGUCUGCCAGAUAUGGAGAUGUCCAGGUAAAAAGAACAGCUAUUGCCAAGGUUCCAGUAAUCGUCUACCGACCUGUGAAUGCUCCAGUGGUCUCCCCUGCUAUGAUAUACUUUCAUGGUGGAGGGUACUCCCUGCUAACUGCCGAUGACUAUGACAUGCUGACCUACGUGUACGCUAAGACAACAAAUAUGGUGGUUAUUAGUGUCAAUUAUAGAAGAGCUCCACAGUUUCCGUUUCCUGUGCCUGUCCAGGACUGCCUGGAAGUGACACGGAACCUCUUAAAACAUGGAAGUAAACUGGGAGUAGAUGUCAGCAAGGUAGGCGUGGCUGGGGACGGCACUGGUGGUUCUCUUGCAGCCUCUGUGGCUCUGACAUUGACCAGGGAAGCCUCAGACCUACCAUCACUCAAGUUUCAGCUUCUGAGCCAUCCCAGCCUGCAAGCAUUUGACUUUAGUUUACCCUCAUAUAUUGACCACAAUAACACAAUGCCUUUGCUGACCACUCGAACCAUGGCUGCUUUUAUUUCUCUCUAUAUUGGUUUGAAUGAAAGUGACACCUAUUAUUUCUCCAGUAUCAUCAGUGAAAACAGACACAUCUCUCCACAGAUGCGAGCCUCUAAGUUUGCCCAGUACGUCCGUGUUGACCUCCUGCCUAAGAUGUUCCAAACGCCGAAAACAACUCCUCCCCCAGCGGCGUCCACUUUUGAUAGCCACAUCUUCUCCAAGAUCAAAAGCAUUGUCACCAACCCGCUCUUCUCACCUUUAAUGUCUUCCAACCUGACCGGACUGCCCCCUGCUUUCAUCCACGCCAGUGAGUUUGACCUACUUAGGGAUGACGCUUUACUUUAUUCCAAGCGGCUCCAGGACGCUGGUGUGAGGGUCAAGAUUCACUUUGGCCAUGGCGGCUUUCAUGGGGACACUCUUACCAUGCUUCUUGGCAAAUAUUUAUGGGUGCAAAGCGGCAAGAUGGCAUUCACCUCGUCUUGUGAUUUUAUAAAAACAAUUAUAAAAAAUUAAGUUUUAGGUUUUUAAGACAAUGUAGAAAGAUUGAUUUUACGUUUUGUUAAUUCAAAUUGCACUGAAUGCCGUAAUUAGCUAGCAGAACAAAUCUGGUGAACUAAAGAACUCGUCAAUUACCAAGAAAUAUUUCCUAUAAGAGAAUACCUUAUUGGUAUCAGUCAAGUGACAUUUCUGUCAGUGUAUUUGCAAACAUUGACCAGGAACAUUAUGCGAGGUCUAUCCAUUGUACCUGUUGGUAAGAUUACGGUGACUCUUCAGGUAGUAAUAACAGCUGAUAUUAUUAUGGAGUAUUAUAGGAGGAGCAGUUGAAAUAACUGAGGACAGUCUUUAGUUUUAGCUUGACCUGUAUCUGAUAGGAUCGUGGAAUGAAAUGUUUGUAAGCUGUUUGGAUUAUAGUAUAAAAUGUCUCUAUUAUGAUUCAAGUUUUAUUUGCGAAUGAUUAGAUUUACUUGUUAGACUGCAUAUUUUAGAAGAGCGCAUUGCUUUUUCCUUUUGGUGAAAAUGUUGAAACUUUAUAUCUGGUCUGGUAAUCAUGAAUCAGAUGACAGUAUUGACUUUAAAAGUUAAAUUGAACAAAUAUAUUUUUAUAUCAAGCUAAGAGACGUCACUUUUAAUCAAAGAUGAGCUUAUUCUUAUUCGUGUGUGUAUACUCAUAAAAACAAAUGUACUGGGGCCUAGUCUGAAAAAGUCUAAUGCAUACGAGAAAUGAUAAGGCUACAUUUGAGUUUCCUUUUUUUUUCUUGUCUUGCUAUGGGCUAUGUUUUAAAGCCAAAAACUCCAGUACUGAAGUCUUCACCUCCAGAGGAUCAUUCUUUUCUAUGUGUUCACCUCACAUUUAUAUUCAGCGAAGCCUUGGAUCAUGUAUGUCUCUUUAAAGAAACCAGUGAAUGUUUUGGGCUCUGAAGAGCAGCCUUUAGACGAAAUGACAAUAUUGCUUGUAUGUCUGUGUUGUCAUACACAUGAAUUGUUUCUGAAAGUUGAUGAAAUGUAGUUUUAUAUGUAGAGAGCCAAUAGAACGGUCGUGUGUGUUGUGUGCUAAAAAGUAGUGUAAAUAGAAGAAUAUGAAUUUCUAAUGUGUUAAUAAUUGUUGACUUUGUAUUGAUUCAUGUGCUUGUUAAGAUGAGUGAGUCUGGUGUGAAUGUACAUUUCGAUUUGUUAUAGUUCUAAAUUAUAAUGUUUUUUGUUUGGUGUAAUGCACAAAUUGUAAGACACAUUUCCGUACGGACAAUAAACGAUUAUUAUUAU